AUGGCUUGUAGUACCCUCGAAAGUGGCUCUUCAACUAGAAAGACAUGGAAAUAUGACGUGUUUGUGAGCUUCAGAGGAGAAGACACCCGCAACAACUUCACCGAUCACCUCUUUGGUGCUCUUCAUAAAAAAGGUAUCAUUACCUUCAGGGAUGAUGCAAAGCUCAAGAAAGGGGAAUAUAUUUCAUCUGAGCUUCUACAAGCCAUUGAAGGAUCCCAAAUUUUGAUUGUUGUUUUCUCAACAAACUAUGCUUCUUCCACAUGGUGCUUGCAAGAACUCGCCAAAAUUGCCGAUUGCAUUCAUGUAUCAGGACAAACUGUUCUACCUAUUUUCUAUGAUGUCACUCCAUCUGAGGUACGAAAGCAAAGCGGAGUUUUUGAAAAGUCUUUUCAAGAGCUUGAAGAAAGAUUCAAAGCAAAUUUAGAGGAAGUGCAAAGAUGGAGGAGAGCACUAACACAUGUUGCGAACCUCUCUGGAUGGGAUGUAAAGGAUAAGUCACAAUACACAGAGAUUGGGAAAAUUAUUAAAGAGGUAACAUGCUUAUUGGGAAACAAAUAUUCAAAUUCACCUAGUGAUAUAGUUGGGGUGCACUCACGAGUGGAAGAAUUAGAAAACCUUUUGACUACGGACUCAGAUGAUGAUGAUGUUCGAGUUUUAGGGAUUUGGGGAAUGGGUGGAAUAGGGAAGACAACUCUUGCUACUGCUUUGUAUGCUAAAAUCUCUAAUCAAUUUGAUGCUUGCUGCUUUAUUGAUGAUGUAAGUAAAGUUUAUGGAGAUCACGGCCCAAUUGGAGUACAAAAGCAACUUCUUUGUCAAACUCUAAAUGAAGAAAAUCUUCAGAUAUGCAAUCUACCUAUGGCAUCUAAUUUGAUUCGAACUAGGCUAUGUCGAAUAAAAUCCCUUGUUGUUCUUGAUAAUGUGGAUGAAGGUGAACAACUGGAUAAAUUGGACAUGAAAAAAGAAUUGUUAGGCACAGGGAGUAGAAUAAUCAUAAUUUCUAGAAAUGAGCACAUCUUAAGAGAGCAUGGAGUAGAUGAAGUAUACAGAGUUCGACUCUUGGAUCGUAAAUGUGCCCUUCAAUUGUUUUGUAGGAAAGCUUUCAAAAGUGAUGAUAUCAUGAGCGGUUACAUAUACUUGACAUAUGAUGUACUAAAAUAUGCACGUGGCCUUCCACUAGCAAUUAAAGUGUUGGGCUCAUUUCUGUAUGGUCGAGAUGUCACUGAGUGGACAAGUGCAUUGUCAAGAUUAAGAGAGAACCCAAGGACAGAUAUUAUGAAUGUACUCCGAAUUAGUUUUGAUGGACUAGAGGAUACCGAAAAAGAUAUAUUUCUUGAUAUUGCUUGUUUCUUUCAGGAUUGCGAUGAUGUAUACGUUAAGGAAAUUUUAGAUAUUCGUGGAUUUCAUCCUGAAAUUGGUUUAAGAGCUCUCGUUGAUAAAUCAUUCAUAACCUGUGAGAACCAGAUAAUUUGUAUGCAUGCUUUGUUCAGAGAACUGGGAAAGAGUAUCGUUAGAGAAAUAUCACCCAAAGAACCAAGAAAGUGGAACAGGUUGUGGGACUACAAGGAUGUCCACAAUGUUAUCUCAAAAAACAUGGCAACAGAAAACCUUGAAGCCAUAGUUAUGCGGUGUGAUCCAGAAAAUGAUGAAGAAAUACAAAAGAUAACAUUGAGGGCCGAAGCUUUAGCAAAAAUGAGUCACCUUAAAUUGCUCAAACUGUUGCAGUUUAAUUUCUCAGGAAGUCUCAAUUUUCUUUCAAGUGAAUUGGGGUAUCUAUUUUGGGAUAAAUAUCCUUUCACUAGUUUGCCAUCAAGUUUUCAGCCGCAUAAACUUGUUCAACUGAUCCUAGGACACAGCAACAUUAGGAAGCUAUGGGAGGGCACAAAGUGUCUACCUAAUUUGAAACGUAUUGAUCUCUCUCAGUCGAAAAAUCUUAUUAUGAUGCCAAGUUUUAAGGAGAUUCCAAAUCUUGAGAGCCUAUGUCUUGAUGGAUGUGUAAAACUCGUGAAGCUUGAUCCGUCCAUUGGUACCUUAAGAAGGCUUUCCACAUUAAGUUUGAAAAAUUGUAUAAAUCUGGUCAGUAUUUCUGACGACAUUUUUGGUCUGAGUUCUCUCAAAAAUCUAAUUCUCUCAGGCUGUCCAAAUUUAUUUAAUAGUAAGGUGUUAGAAAUACAAAGGCAGACAGAACAAUUGGAGAUGCUUGAUAACAAGGAAAGUACUACCCAAUACCAACCAACAUUGUUCAUCAGCAAAUUUCUAGAGCCGCACUUCCGAUAUUUGAUUUUUCGAAAACCUGAAGAUUCAGGUUGUUUAUUGUUGCCUUCAUUGUUUCGUUUGUCAUGUUUGCAAUAUCUUGACCUGAGUUUCUGCAAUCUUCUUCAAAUCCCUAAUGAAAUUGGGUUGUUACAUUGCUUAGAAACCCUAUAUUUGGGGGGUAACAAUUUUGUGACAUUACCUCCUAGCAUCAAGGAACUUUCCAAACUUAGACAAUUAAACUUGGAGCACUGUAAGCAGCUGAAAUAUUUGCCGGAGCUCCCAUCAAAGAAUGUCUUGCCAGUAGGAAGAACAACAUAUUUUUGGAAAGCUGCUGAAUUUAAUAUAUUUGACUGCCCGAGUUUAAUGGAGAUGGAAUGCUGUUAUGGAAUGGCCUUUUCUUGGAUGAUACAACUCCUUCAGGUGCACAUGCAAUCCGAGAUCCCAAUAGAACGGAUCACAAUUGUUAUUCCCAAAACUGAAAUUCCAAAGUGGUUCAACAAACAAAAUGUAGGUAGUUCAAUAAGCAUGGAUCCAUCACCCAUUAUUCAUGACAAGAAUUUGAUAGGCGUCGCUUGCUGCUUAACAUUUGUAGCACAUGAUAAUCCAACUAAUUUAGGUGAUGGAGAGCCUUUUGUGGUCUUUGGUUUUCAUAGUAAACAGCAUGGCCAAGGGAUCUAUUCAAAUAUGCUCACUCAUCUUGGAAAAGAUCUGGUCACAGUUGAUUUAGAACACUUCUUGCUAUUUUUUUUAAGCAGGGAGAAUUUUAUUCAUUGGAUAAGUCGUAUAACACAUGAGUUGGAUGAUAUUAGUGGUAUUGAAUUGAGAGCUUUCGUGGAGCAGCCCCUUGGUUUGCACUUGGAAGUAAAAAAUUGUGGUUACCGUUGGAUAUCUAAGGAGGAUCUUGAACAAUUAAACCCACAAAUGAUGUACAGCGGAAAUUUGUCAGUUCAGCCAUAUCAUUGGGCUGAUUAA